GAAGAAAGGUUGUUUGUAGAGCUGUUGGCUAGCUAAGUGAACUGCUAGUGUGCUUCAAUGAUGAAUAGAUUUCUGUUGGAAAACAACAGUUCUUCAAACUCGCCGUUUGUCUUUCUCAGAAUAGAGCAAGGUAACUGAUUGGUCCUCUCGGCUGAUGUGAAGAUGCCUGCGGGUGUGUCUUGGCCUCGGUACCUGCGGAUGUUUGGUGCCAGUGUACUAUCCAUGUUCGCCGGAGCAGAGGUUGUCCAUCAGUACUACAGACCCGAUCUGACAAUUCCAGAAAUCCCUCCCAAACCUGGCGAGUUGAGGACAGAACUGCUGGGAUUUAAAGGCAGAGAAGAGGCUGCCACGGCUGAACAGAAACAGUGACCCUUUCAGCAGACUUUUUUUUUGUACAGUAUCUUACUCCAGAGCAAUCCGUGUACAUAUUGUACAUGCUUAAAGCCCAACAAAGAGAAAAUAGGAUGUGCAUGUGCGUAUGUAUCACAUAUGUAAUGUCAUGGACAUCCAGUGCAUUCGGAAAGUAUUCAGUAAAGGGUCUGAAUACUUAUGUAAAUGUCAUAUUUCAGUUUUUUUAUUUUUA